AUCGAGACAUCCCAGACCCUCUGUACAAAUGAAAUGUACGAGGGUCUGGUUAGGACCAGGCUAAAUCCCAAGUCCAUCAGGCCAUUAUCAGAACAUUGGCUUUUUCGCUCCGAUUACACCUAACUUUAAUUGUAUAAGGUGCUACAGCACGUAGACUAAAACUACUGCCGCUGAUCCACAUAUCAUGACAAAUAUGAGAAAAGCAUAAGAUAUGUGGCCUUGUCUAUACUCAUUAUGUGUGUGUACUGGUCACACAUUAAGAAAGGGAUGGGCCAGUGAGCUUGCUCAUGGCGUGGACACACACACAAACACUACACACCUAGAGAGGUGUGUUUUGUCAAGAUGUUGAUGAGCGUCUGGCAGGCAGGCUGUGUACACACACACACACACUAUGAAAACAAGGUUUUAUUUGUUGGCGGGAGCAAGGGCAGGAGAUCAAUCCCUAUGCAUCUCCUCUGUAAGGGAGAGAGGGUGAGGGCAGACAGGGAGAGAGGGAUGGAGAGAUGGCUGCCAGGGGGAUCGGUGGAGGAAGGCCAAGGCCAGGGGGGGUUAUUAUCCAAUGAUAAUCUGAGACAGUCAGUAUUUGGCAUCCUUCUGCUGUAGUUAUAACAGAAGAGAUGGAUGAGUGUGGGGAAUUUGACACACACACACCCCUAAAAUAAAAGGGACACAUAAAACACCCAAACAAGAACACCAAGAAAAGUACUGACUGUGCCUGAUGGCAGGCAGUAAGCACAGUAUUACUACAGCAAAAACACUGACUCACUCACUCUCUCUCACACACAGACACACACACCUUGACCUCUGUCCCAAGUCCCAAAGCCCCCUCAGCUGUUUCCAGGUGUUCCUGGAGACCUAAUCAGUCUUAUCUAGGGAUAUCUACAACCUGCUAAUCUGUCCUUCAGACAGAGGUUAUCAUUGACCAAUAAAUACUAAAUACUAACUGAGACCAGCGAUGUUAAUGGCACUGCCAGUCAGUAUACUGGACUGUAUUUACACUGGGGGCUUUCCACAAUGGCUAAGUAUGAUAAAUCUCCAAAAGCAAGUUUAUAUAUGGUGAUAAAAACCAGAGCCCAAUCCCAUUGAGACUAUGCACUAAAUCAAUCUCUUUAUUGUGCGAUGUGAUAAACGCGUUAUGGAUUUUGACUUAAUUUAUUUAGAACACACCCAAAAUGGUAUCUUGAAUGUACAAACCCUGUAAGGCCGUCAUAGGAUGCAAUGGGAUGCUCUGGAAUAUGGCGUAAAGUUACUCACUCACUAUGUCCAGCCUAUGAGUCACAGUGACUAGGUUUCAGCACAUGGUUCCUGCUUAGAUAAUGGUUAACAGACUGCUGGAACGUUACUUAUCUAACACAGUAAACUCGUGUUCUUGUUAAACAUUAGUGUCUGUUAUUGGUCUUCCUCAGACAUGUGCUCGAUGUCCAUUUUGAAUUUCUGUUUUAAAUUUAUAAUACUAUUCACUGACUGCCAUUUGCCUCCCUACUGCGUAGGGGCCUUACAGAAGACAAAGUAACAGUAUUGAUUUGUUUGCCGCGUUAACGUUAUUUACAGCCAUUACAGGUCCUCUUUCGUUUUUGUAGGUCUCAUUUCUAUCCAAUAAGUGUUGACUGAGUGAGUACAUUUCACUCUGUCAUCUGCUGCCAUUUGGGUACAGUACUUAUUGUUUAGCAUUAGUAGUAGCCUACAUGUUUUAGCUUAGCAUUAGCAGCAAAGUGGUUAUCCUAUCAUAAUUAUGUGUUUAGCCUAGCUAGCAUGACUUUCACUAAUAGCCUAGCUAUAUCAGUACCUGUGGUAGUACCUGUUGAGCUACGUUGGGCUUUUUCUUACCUUCCUCUCUUUAACUCAUCAGCAGCAACAUGCUGUCUACCCAGCCUUGAUGCAGCAGCUCCAGGCACAGCACCUCUCUCACGCUGCCCACGGCCCUCCCAUUCAGCUGCCACCCCACCCAUCGGGUCUCCAGCCCCCGGGCAUUCCCCCAGUACCAGGAGCGGGCGCAGGCCUGUUGGCACUAGGCGCCCUGGGCAGCCAGGCCCACCUCCCUGUGAAAGAUGAGAAGAACCACCACGACCUGGAGCACAGAGAGCGGGAGUCAAGCACGAAUAACUCGGUGUCGCCGUCAGACAGCCUGCGGGCGGCCAGCGAGAAGCACCGGGGCUCCUCCGACUACAGCAUGGACUCCAAGAAACGCAAGGUGGAGGAGAAGGACAGCAUGAGCCGAUACGACAGUGACGGGGACAAGAGUGACGACCUGGUCGUGGAUGUAUCCAAUGAGGACCCUGCCACACCUAGAGCCAGCCCUGCCCACUCCCCCCCAGAGAAUGGCCUUGACAAAUCGCGGACCCUGAAAAAGGACACGCCCAACAGCCCCGCCUCUGUGGCCUCCUCUGGGAGCACACCCUCCUCCAAAGCCAAGGACCAUGCCCACAAUGAUAAAUCGUCAACACCGGGCCUGAAGUCCAACACGCCCACGCCCAGGAACGAUGUCCCCACGCCGGGUACCAGCACCACUCCAGGGCUUCGGCCAAUAAUGGGGAAACCCCCAGGCAUGGAGGCACUGACUGCUCCCGCCCUGCGCACCCCUUUGAUCGCCGGCUCCUAUGCCACGCCCUUCGCAAUGAUGGGCCACCAUGAGAUGAACGGCUCCCUGACCAGCCCGGGUGUCUACGCUGGCCUCCACAUCUCCCCCCAGAUGAGCGCAGCAGCCGCGGCCGCUUACGGGCGCGGGCCCAUGGCGGGCUUUGAUCCUCACCCUCACAUGAGAGCCCCGGGCCUGCCAGCCAGCCUCACAUCCAUCUCUGGAGGAAAACCGGCUUAUUCUUUUCACGUGAGCGCGGAUGGUCAGAUGCAGCCGGUGCCCUUUCCACCAGACGCGCUGAUUGGACCGGGUAUCCCCCGGCACGCCCGCCAGAUCAACACGCUGAGCCAUGGCGAGGUGGUGUGUGCCGUCACCAUCAGUAACCCCACACGCCAUGUCUACACUGGCGGCAAGGGCUGCGUCAAGAUCUGGGACAUCAGUCAGCCAGGCAGCAAGAGCCCUGUGUCUCAGCUGGACUGUCUGAAUCGUGACAAUUAUAUCCGCUCCUGCAAGCUACUGCCGGAUGGUCGCACCCUCAUCGUGGGCGGUGAGGCCAGCACGCUGACCAUCUGGGACCUGGCCUCCCAGACGCCACGCAUCAAGGCAGAGCUCACCUCCUCUGCCCCGGCCUGCUACGCCCUGGCCAUCAGCCCCGACGCCAAGGUCUGCUUCUCCUGCUGCUCCGACGGCAACAUCGCUGUGUGGGACCUGCACAACCAGACGCUGGUUAGGCAGUUCCAGGGCCACACAGAUGGCGCCAGCUGCAUUGAUAUCUCCCACGACGGCACCAAGCUGUGGACUGGUGGGCUGGACAACACUGUGCGCUCCUGGGACCUCCGGGAGGGCCGGCAGCUGCAGCAGCACGACUUCACCUCCCAGAUCUUUUCGCUAGGUUACUGUCCCACUGGUGAGUGGCUGGCAGUGGGCAUGGAGAGCAGCAAUGUGGAGGUGCUCCACCACACCAAGCCUGACAAGUACCAGCUGCACCUCCACGAGAGUUGCGUCCUCUCCCUCAAGUUUGCCUACUGUGGUAAAUGGUUUGUGAGCACGGGCAAGGACAACCUCCUCAAUGCCUGGAGGACUCCCUACGGCGCCAGCAUAUUCCAGUCAAAAGAGUCCUCUUCUGUCCUGAGCUGCGACAUCUCAGCAGAUGACAAGUAUAUAGUGACGGGCUCUGGAGACAAGAAGGCCACCGUCUACGAGGUCAUCUACUAACUAGACAGCCUGCAGGAAUAGUUCAGCUUGAGCACUUCUAAUGACCAGACAAGGGAGCUGCGAGCCCUCCUGUGUCUCCUCCUGACUAAGCCUUCAUUCGGUCCCCCCCCUCCCCCCUGUAUAGACUACCCAGGAUUGGACUACUACUUCUACUACUAUAAACAAUGGUCGGAUGCUGAGUCAUUUUACCCUGCCCUGGAUUAGUCAACCCUGGCUAUUGCGAUUUUGUCACUUUGAUUCAGGCUGAAUCUGCCCCCGCUGUUCUUUUGUGUCCUUCCUAAAUUUGGGUCUGUUGCUGGGCUUGGUUAAGCAUAUUUUUUUAAUUUUUACACUGCAAUGAAAAUGUGUCCGUAACGUGACAAGAUGGAGCGGUGCUUCAUCUGAAACUGUUGCUCCCUGGAUGACUUGUGAAAAGUGUACAUAUUGGAGUAAAUAAAAACAUUUUAUAAAUAUA